ACCUGCACCUUUGGCGAGACGACAGAUCAAGUUCCCGCCCUGGCUAGGGACAAGCAACUCCUGCCUGAACCAUCCUCACGUCUCGACAACUCCGAAGCGCUCGGUUGAACCCUCCGUCGGCUCUUUCAGCUGACUGACGACCAUGGGCUCCCGAUCGCGCGACGUGCCCGACGACGAGCUCUUCAUGAGCCGGCCUCGGCCUGCCGAGGACUGCGAUAGCCCCACGGUCGAACCGCUUAGGAUAUUCAAGCCGCAGAGUCCGGCCGGCGAUAAGAACUCGAACCGCCCCAAAUAUCCCGCCCCGCCGUCUUCGUCGUCCCCUGCGGGCUCGGCUUCGUCUCCGGCAUCCAAGCCGGCUAUCGCCUCUCUCCCGCCGCUGCCAUCCUUCCCCUUCGGCGCAUCGAGCUCUGCAGCCCCGCUGCCCUACCCAGACGACGUUCCCAAGCCGCAGCCGAAGCCUACCCGACUACCUUAUCCAGAUGACGGCCCCAGGACAUCUUCGCCGGCCGGAAGGGUUUACAGCCCCCCUCCGGGGUCCUCGGCUUCCCUCGCGCAAAAAGAUCUAUCGCCAAGGCCGACUGUGAACACUGGGGAGAAGAAGACAGGCCUUGCAGAGAGGCGCGGAACAGCGCCUAAACCCCUGCAAAGCCCGGUCAGUCCUAGCGGCGAUGCUGACGACGGCGGCCUCUUCGCCAAACCCCUGAGGAAUCCGGCGGCACCUGCGCCCAAGAUCUCUAACGCAUACCAGCAGAAGCCGUAUUACCCUCCCCCCGGCGGGAAGCCAGGGGCGUCCAUUGGCCGCUUCGACUCGACCGCCUCCAAUUCGACAACCCGCGCCAGCCGGGGAUCGCCGCCCCCGCCUGAGACACCCAUCGUUGAGCCGGGUGUCAUUCCCGGAGGAGGCAUCGAGGCACGCUAUGCGGCGGCCGGCAUCUCGGGAACUGCAACUCUUAACAGCCUUCAGGCCCCGAGUGCCGCGGCGCAAUCCCGGUUGGCGCAGUACGGCAACCAACCACCCGCCACUCUGACUCCCCAGCCCCGGCCGUGGACGCCUACCGAGACGCCCGGCCAGCAGCCGUUUGGCCCGCCUACCGUGUACCAAGGCGCAGAUGUGGUGUCGAAUCCGACACCGACACAGCAAACGCCAGCCUUCAACCUUCCGCCGAAUCCCAAUCCGGCUACACAGGUGCCGGCGAAUGCGAACCUGCAAGUCAGCGUGCUGGAACAGGACUUUCAGCGCAUGCAGGCAUCCACCCCGCCGCCUGCCUACACGUCGGUCAACCCCAAUGCGGGCUCAAAGUAUCCAAACGAGAAGCAGCGUCCAGUUCAAGCAAGCUCCAGCGCUGCAAACGUUCCACCCGCUGCGGCUGCAGCGCACCCGAGCGCUCAACAAGCCGCGGGCCCUGUCUCUGUUAGCUCUCCGGCGCCGCAGAAGCAGAACUCUGCGACAACCGCGACGGCUGCCGCUGCCGCUAUCCCUGCCCACAAUGCUGGCCAUCCUGCCUUUGCCAACGAAACCAAACCCGCGACCGCGCAGAACGGGCAGCCGGCCCUGAGCCAUACCCCGUCGCUCCUCGUCGCGGCACAGUCGCCGCCGCCCCUCCCCGAGGGCUGGAUUGCCCAUCUCGACCAGAACUCGGGCCAGUAUUACUACAUACACCUAGCCACACAAGCGACGCAAUGGGAAUUUCCCAAGGGGCCGACGCCCUUGAAUCACGAUCCCGCCCCCUUAUCGCCAACGGCAUCCACCUAUGGCAACCCUCUCGCAUCGCCACUCCUGGGUGGUGGGAAGGCAGGCCUCGCUUCGCCGCUGUUUAACCCCCAGGGUCACCCAGGUUACGCCGAGAGCAUCAUGAGCGUCACGGCAUCCGUGGCUCCUACAGUCGGGUUUACCGGUCCUCCUCCCAACUCAGGAGUUGAUAUCUACAAAGUCAUGCCCACCAACGGCGUCUACUUCGGUCCGUAUCUGCGCUACGUAAACAUGGACUUGGAGAAGGGCAUCUGGUUGGGCAGCAUCCUGCUGGUGACGGACGCCCCGCAACCCCCAACUAUUCACAUCCACCUGAGCGUGGAUCUUUCCCCCAAUCCCCGUCAGCUGAUCCCGCAGAACAUCCACACGCACCAGCGAUGGACGUUCUACAAGUACGAUAUCGACCUCCAGAUGUCCGACCACGGCACAGAGCGGUGGACAUAUGCCGUGACCUCGCAUCUCGGGUGCACGCGGUACGAGUUUGUCGUGGCCGGCCGCUACGAGACGGGCUGGCGCAUGAUUGCCCACUCGGGCAACGAUUUCGCCCCGGCCACCAACCAGAACGAGCGGGCCAAGCUCGGCGGCGUCGGCUUCAUGUGGAAGGAUAUCCUGCAGAAGAAUGUCGAGUGCGGCGGUUUCCACGUCCAGCUCGGCCUGGGUGCCCAGAUAUACGGCGACCGCCUGUGGAAAGAGGUGCCGCUGCUGCGGCAGUGGCUCGCCAUGCAGGGUCGGGAGAAUCGCAAGACUGCCCCGUGGACGGCGAGGCACCAGGAGGAAGUGUCGCAUGCCUACUUCCACUACUACACCAGUCACUUUGACCAGCCGUUUAUGCGGGAGGCGUUUGCCCAGAUCCCGCAUGUGCUGCAAAUUGAUGACCACGAUAUUUUCGACGGGUUUGGCUCUUACCCCGACUACAUGCAGUCUUCGGCGGUUUUCAAAGGCAUCGGCCGCAUCGCCAUCGACAUGUACCUGCUGUUCCAGCACCAUACGACCGUUGAGAUCUUGCGCAACGUCAGCUCAGACAUGGACCUCUUCACCAUCACUGGGGCUGGCUGGCACUUUGUCAAGUAUCUUGGGCCCGCCGUCGUGGUGGUCGGGCCGGACUGUCGAUCGGAGCGCACGCUCACACGCGUCAUGGCCGGGCCGACAUACCAGGGCAUCUUCCCCAAGGUGGCGACUCUGCCACCCAGUGUGCAGCACUGCAUCUGGAUGAUCUCGGUGCCCGUCGUGUACCCGCGCCUUGAGACGGUCGAGACACUGGCCAACACGUUCGCCACGGGCAAGAAGGCCGUCAACACGACGUACAACAUCCUCGGCAAGGUGACCAGCUCGGUCGCGGGAGUGGUCGGCGGCAAGGAGGUCGUCCAGCAUGGGUUCAAGGAGGCCAAGAAGGCGAUGGGCAAGACCGGGCUGAUGGGCAACGUGCUAAACCAGUUUGGCGAGAUCAACAUCGCCGAGGAGCUCAAAGACCUCUGGACGCACGAGUCUAAGGACCUCGAGCGGACCUACCUCAUCCGCACCCUGCAGGGCAUCGCCCAGCAAAAGGGCAUCCGGAUGACCUUUCUGUCAGGCGACGUCAACUGCGCCGGCGCAGGCCUCGUCCACGACCCGUCGCACCCGUCCGACCACAAGACCAUGUAUCAGAUCAUCGCGUCACCCGUCGUGGCCGCCCCCUGCGGCAACUACCUGCUCAAGAUGUUGCACAACAACAAGCUGCUCUAUGUCCCGCAGAACGGACACAAGUCGACGCACGAGGUGUCGGACACGAAGGAGGACAUGAUGGAGAUUUUCCACACGGACGCCUCGGGCGGGGCUAGGGAGCUCAAGAAAUUGAUGAACAGGCGGAAUUAUGUCGCCAUUGUGGCGUAUGAUCCCGACGUGAUUGCCAACGGCGGUACGGGGCCCCAGCAGCAGCAGCAGCCGGGACAAGGAGGAGGGGGCGCCGGGUAUGCGGCGAGCGUGGCGAGCGGGAAUUCGGGAGGGCUCAGCAAGUUGAGCCUGGCGGUGGAUUUUGUGGUGCAGGGGGAUGGCAUGUUUACGACGACGACAAAGUAUGGGCCGGUUAUUGUGCCGCAUCUGGAGUUUGGCCAUUGAUCAACCUGGCC